UUCUACGUCCCUUGCAUUUGAUCCCUUCCAUUCCACUUACACGCCUUGUCUUCUUAAACGCGUCUUCGUUGCCCAAGCCAUUCUUCUCAUCGAACCCAGCAUUAUGGGCUCUCAAACUCUAGGUGCCAUAUAAGGCUUUUAAUAUUCAUUUCAUUUUUCCUUUCAUUUUCUUGCUCUCUUUCAUAAUGACCAGCCCGGCGCAAAACCGCGACAGCGAUCGCGUCGUCGAUCCUCACCCUUUAGUCGCAGAGCUUGCCAAAGUCUUGCCUAAAGAUCGCAAGUUCACGGCAUACCAUCUUUCGACGCCUCCCACGAUAACCGAGCCUCUCUGCCAUCCACCCGCCCGAAAUCCUUCUAACGAUCCCACAGACAGGCGGCCGAGUAAACCGUUAAAGACGUACUGCGAAAAGCAUUUCUUGGCUAUCUCGAUUGGAGCCGGGAAAGAGGGGGCGCAUCUUGAUAAACAAGUUUUGGUUCUAGGACUAGAGAUUUACAUAUAUACAACAUCUUUCUCUACCAUUAUCUUCGUCUCCAAGGCAGAUUCCACUGGAUACUUAAACCUCUUGAAUCUCCCUAAAGGGACACCAUCUCCAAUUCGAGAAGUUACAACGUGCUUUCUUGCCUUCUUAGUCGCCAAUCGAAGACGACAAAGAAAACAACUAGUCGUAAAUCUAUUCGCCCGAGCACAAUCACAGUAUCUUUUUCCAGGAAGCGUGGAAAACAGUGGCAAGCACGUGCUAGAUGAUAGAGGCUUAGUGAAGUGGUGGUGUCGUGUGCUCAAUUCGCUGCUUGAAGGUACCGACUAUCAAGACGUGAGGGCGCCAUGGGAUGCUAUACAUGGAUACUUGGUUAUUCCCGGACUAGACAAUUAUGAGACCCGUGCCUUUUUGCCCCGGACUAGUUUAGCAACAUCAAACUGGACAUUAAACCACCCCCUUGAGAAGAUAUCACCGUAUGCAAAUGAUCCAAGCAACUUCGGCUCCAACGUUCAUCCCAGGUCUCUCAUCCCAACGUUUCCAGACGAUCCUAAGGCCCGUUUUGUUCAAGAACUAGAGGAGUCGAUAGCUGAAAAGGCCAAGCUAUUGAACGGCUGGAAGACGCCAAAGACAUUGGAUCAGUUCUGGGAGAUGAUGGCAUUUCGACAAGAGUGCUCUAGCGGUAGAUUAACUGGAUUUAUGUGGGUUGUCUUCGAAUCCCAAGCCAAUUCAAAGUCCAGCUCGUCAACUGUCAAGUCCGCAGCAACCAUUCCCACGCCGAAUGACUCGUUCAGCGCUCCAGCUAACGACAUGACGCUUCCUGCCUCGCCCCGCCCGGCUCGACGGGGUAAUACUUCUGUUGCUACUCAAAGUGCUUCGUCCUCCAAGUUGAAUACCGCGAGAACCAGAAAGCUCCGACGGAAGGGCAAGGCAAAGAAAAUCUUAAGUGGCCCAAUCAUCCCUCGAAAGCCUCAAAUCAAAACGCACCAACGGGCCCAAUUCCCAAAAGAAAUUGAGACGCCAUAUUAUUUAUGGCCGGAGAAUGGAAGAGGCCAAGUUGUCCUAAGUGACAAUAGUUAUAAGAGAGCUAUCGAGGUGCUACUUCAUCUCGAGUUCAAGACUCUAGAACAUGCAAUCGCAAGCACAGCGCGAUGGACUAAGGAAGUCAACAUGGGCGAGAAUUGGGCAUUGAACAUUAUCGGCAAGAGAGCAAAUAUCGAUUCUACGGCGUCAUCCGGUACAAGUGGGACGGUAAACAAUUUGUCUGGGAUGGUACGGAAGCGCUCAGCUGGCGAGAUUACAAACGAGACUACGUCAUCUUCCCCAGCAGUGAAUACGCUCGGCGGUGGCCUCAUUCGGAAGAAGGCAAAACUUGAUACCAGUGCGACCGAUGCGUCCGUCAAUGUAGACCAGGGUUGUCCAGAGGCUGAGUCAGAACCUAAGGCCAACGUUCUUGGAGCGGGGCUGAUUCGGAAGAAGCCAAAGGCAUCUUGAGUUUUAUUUUAUUUUUAAGCAGUCUUGUAUUAUAUUGGCGUAGGUUUGAACGGGGUAGCUUUGGUCGCGAGGCGUUACCAGUAUUGGAAGCGCAUAACUUAUAUACGAGGUUUAGGAGUAGUCAGGGCUUCAGCGGGAUGUGUUUCAAGGAAUAUGGUUCAUAUAACCUUUUUUUCUCCUAUAGGAUAAUCUAUUUGGGAAAGGUUAAUAUCAGUGUUUUCAAAUACC